GCAUUCGCGCGUGCAUGAUUGCAUGAUCGUGGUAGCAAGUGGACUCGUUCGCGCGGCGCUGCGCUCUCGUUUCGACGCGCCGAUGGCGUGAUAUCGGUCAGCGUCACCUGUGGGCUCGGGCACAGACGGCUGCUGCCAUGCGCGUGCGCCGGCGGUUGACAGGCACGUGUGUGUACGCCGAGGUCUCCUCCUUUCUCUGCCGCUCUCUCCACUGAAUCCAGCUGUGCGCCCAACUUCAAUGCUGGAGGGAGGCAGCCGUCAAGCCGAAGCUCGGGAUCAGCCUGAGCAGACCCAGGAGUUAACCACAAACGCCUUCUCCAGUACAAUGUCUACAUGUGCAAAGAGCCGCGCGCAACACAAUACCUUCUUGGUUUUGCUGCAGGGAUGUGCUGUCGCCGCCGUAGGCCGUGAAUCGCACCAUGACCCCAAGGGACAAGUUUAACCGGCCCUGGAUCCAUCCUAUGGAUCAGUACGACGAUGAGAACAGGACGAUCUUCAAGAACAAGCAUGCGUAUGAGCUGGCGGAGUGGACAUACUUGAGGUUGAACGCACGGGUGGACUUCGCCACCGCAGACCUUGACUACCCUGGCCCCUUCAAAGAGCUGUGGGGCUAUACUUUGGGAAAGUUCGGGGCGUUCAUGUCCAUUGUCGCGGGCUUCGCGUGCGUCGAGCUGCACCUGAGCUUGAAGGCAAUGUCGCCAUCCUCGCAGAUCGUGAAGCAUGCAGGCACUGUGCUGCUCUGUAUUCCCAACUGCUGCAAGAAGUUUAUCGACGACAAGGUGGCGCCCUACCCGGUGCUCUUCGUAUACCCGUGGCAGAAACUUUAUCCGUACGCAUUCGUAUGUGGCUCAUGUGGGUUUGCCGUUACGGUGAUUUGGGAUUGGCUGCUGAUGACGCCCGUUCACCUCAUCAGGGCGGUCUGGGACUACGUCUCCUGUCAGGACAUCUGUUCACCGCAGGAGAAGCGAGCCCUGCUGGCGCACGGAGUCGUCAACGACCGCCUCCAGUCCCUGCUGGCGAGCCGUCGCUCGUACUUUGUGUGCAUGGCCGUCCUCGGUGUGGUCGCGUUCGCGACGAACACCGUAGACACCGUCAACAUCUCCAACGACCUCACACACUUCUAUCGGGCGUCAAAUGUGCAGACUCAAUAUCCGCUUUACCGCUGCGACAUAACUCGUGGAAACUGCUCGACGAACGAGAUUGAUUUUGAUUCUGCAAAGCGGUACUCGGAAGACAUGCUUGUGCGAUUGGUUGCCAUCCUGUGGGAAGGUACCAACCGUGCUGACACCGUGAAACAUGUGAUCUCUUGGCUGGGCACUUUCCUCUCGGUGUUCUGUUCGAUUGGUGCUCUGGUUCACUGGACAGAUUUCCGAAAGUCCAGGCGGUUUUGCAUUGUGGGCUGGAUUUUUGCUUCGCUCAGUCCAAUUGUGACCUCCUCCAUCGCGGAGAUUGAUUUUGUCCGAUGGGACAGAGUGGAGGACCACGUCGCAACUGUUGGAGCAGAAAUUGCGGAGGAGGUGAUGUUCCACGUCACGAACCAUGCGUCUGUGGAAUCUUGCAAGGCGUCUGUGGCUGCAAUCGAUACUGGGCUCCCUAUUGCUCAAAACAUAUGUGGUUGGUACACGUGGAAAUGGAACAUUUUUAAAUCAGAGGAGUACGUAAGAGGUUGUGAUCACUUUGAAGCGGCUGUCGUGACUUACAAGGCUACGCUGAUAACGAACUCGUCAACGUUCUGUAGGAAAAUGGACCUAUUCCAGAGUGACGGUCCCUCAUUCAGGGGCCAGUUGCAGGACAAGAUGAGGAGGACCAUUACCCCCGUAAUCAAAGAUGGUUUGCUGCUGGCCGUAGCCUUCAAGUCCACGAUAACCAACUUGCUCUCGCUGCUGGGUGCCAUCAUGUCGAUGGCUCCGGCGCUGAUGCAAGGAGGACUUAUGGUCAAGAACCAGGUCCCGCAGCAGACCAUGCCAGCCAUCCUCACCACGCUGCCCUGGGCUUUCAGCCUGAUGACAUGGGCCCAGUACCAAGCUUACUACCAGGUCCUGGGAAGCAGGUUUUUCCUGGUCGCUUGCCUUUGUCUCAGCUACGGGCCGAUCCUGUAUUACUUCUUCGCGAAGCAGUACAAUGUGAUUCAGCCGAUGUGCGACCAGCAGUCCGUCACGUUCACGUUCCGGAUCUGGUACUACGCGCUGUUCCUCGCCAUCCUCUUCCCGUACAUCUUGGUGGCGGCGUACUUUGGCGUAAUCGACGAGGGCACCGAGCUCGGGUACAUAAAGCACAGGGCGAUCACCAAGCUAUUCAGUCCAGAACUCAGGGACGUCGUCAAUGUGAUCUCCAAUUCGAUCUGCAUGUACGCUUACACUUUGCAGGCAGGUAUCGACUGGUUCGUCGACGAGCUGGUUGGCCACCAUCUUGCGGCGCACGCACCCCUCUGCCUCGCCGCCAGCCAGAGCCCCGAGGAGGCGACUGUGCUGCAGAAGAUGCUCGACACAUCCCUGGAUCAGGAGCAGAUCGACGAGGGCACCUACGUCUGCGGGGGCCUGAGCGACCCGUUUCCCACGAGGCCCUCCGCGGACGGCACGUGGAGCGACAAGGUGAAGGUCUACACCAGCUGCCUAGCCUACAAGGACUUCGCCACCCUCGACCAGAUGGCUGGGCACGCCGCGCGUCGCCGCUCUCCCGCGCGGAGUCCGUCGGCCGCGGCAAAGGAGGCAAAGGCGCGGGUUCUGCCCCGCCUCGCAAGCGUGCUGCGCGGACUGUUUCGGGUGCUGACGGUGAUCAGGUUGCAGUCCCAGAUCGACGAGCAUUCCGCGAAGUUGGUUGAUUGUGAACGAUUCGACAGGGACCCAGAUGGCACGCUCCUCAUCGCUGUUGCGCAACGUCCGACCUCUCUCGAGGCCAGGUCGAAGUGCCUGGUGUCCUUUCUUUCGGAGGUUGGGUCCGAUGAGAAGGAGUACAAGAUCGAGGCGAAGGGCGACCUCCCGUGCAAGCGCUUCGCCGAUCACUUCGCCAGCCUGGUCGCCCCUGCUGGCCGCGAGGUCUUGCGGCCCCCCCGUGGUCUCAAGAUCGGGCGCGACUGGAAAGAGUUCUAUGCUGAUGCCCCUGGCAGCGACGCGCAGACGAGGGUCCACAUCGGCCCCGACAAGUCGCUUCGCCAGAUCAAGACCGAGAUCACUUUGCGGCGUUGCAGAGCCUCGAUCUCGGUGCUCAAGGUGGAAGUUACUGCUGGCGACGCCCCUGCUGUUCUCUACUGGGAUGCUGCCAAGCUCGAGAAGCAGGGUUUGUCGACGGCCGCUGCUCUGCGAGUGGCCGCGUGGAACUGCAGGGCUCUCCUGCAGUGCGCUGGGGCGAAGGCGUCGAUGACAGUGCAGUACCUCUCCAAGCUCGGCCUCUCCAAGUCCAUCGUCUCGCUGCAGGAGAUCCACCGGGGCGCCCUGCAGCUGGAUGAAUUCGCGCGUUCUUUCGCCCCGCGCACCAUUGUUGUCUCUAGCUUCUGCGGCAGCGCUCAGGUGCCGGUGAUCGUCAAUGGCGACUUCAUCAUCGACGACGAUGGCGCUCUCGACUUGCAUGCUCCCGCUCCUGCUGCUCGGCGGGGUGGUUGCCGUCGCCGCGCAAGCGCCCCUGCAUGGCGUUCGGUCUUCGCGGACGUGCUGGAGAUCGAGGGGGGCGAGCCCGCGCGCUUCGAGGUUGCCUCGGGCAGGGCCCGCGUGCUGGGCCGCAUCUUCGCGUCGCUGCGCGGCUGGCAAGUGCGCCAGCUGCAGAUUUCCUUUGCCGCCGUGGGGUCGGCGGCCGCGGUCUUCUUUUCGGACCUCGCGCAUGAUCUUGAAGGGUCUGGUCGCGGCCUUGUUCGGGCCUGCGCCGACGACGUCGGUGGCGCGGCGCGGUCCGUGAGGGAUCUGGCUCCCGUGCGCCGCGUGAUGAACGUGGCGGCCUUGCUGGCCAACCUGUGCCUCAAGGUCCCCAAGUGCCUCCUGGCCCCCCUCCCUGGGCCCUUCUCGGUGGAGCUCGCGGCCGAGGUGGCCGACCAAUUGCGCAAGUGGAUCCCCCCGUGGGCCGAGUUCGGGGUUGUGGCUGAGCUCCAGUACUUGGGUCUGUGGAUGGGCCCCGCUGUAACGAUUGACCGCCAAUGGCGCGACCCUGUUGCCGAAUUGCGCGUUCGGGCUCAAGUCAUCGGCCACGGGGUCGCCCCUCCCAGCAUCUCGGCCAUUCUAUAUUGCACACCAGCCGUGCCUAUUUUCUCUCAUGUCGCGCAGUUCUGUGACAUGCCGCCCUCAGUUCGGAAGCAGGAGCUCGCGGCGCUGGCGCAGACCUUCCGCGUGGCUCUGGGCACCUCCCCGCUAUCGUGCUGGUUGUUGCUUCAAUCCUGGGGCGGACCUCGUGUGACCAGAUGGGCCUUCCUGGGUUGCGCGAGCUUGGGGCGUGCGGCUUUGGUUGCGUCCCAGGUCCAUGCCGACAUCCUGCGACGUCUUCGGGGGUCAGUGAGCACCGACGACGCGUGGCGCACCCUGGAAAUGCUCGCAUCGUCGCGACCGUAUACAGGCUUCUGGAGGUCUGAGGCGUCCGUGGAGAUGCUGGAGCGGGCGGCUGCGGGUGGCUCGCCCUCGGCGUCCUCUCCUUCGUGGUCUGCGGCCUGGCCCGCGGUGGCCGUCGCCGCCCGUGAGGGCCUCCUCAACCCCACCAUCGCGGCGUUGCGCUACCUCGCGGCUGCGUGCAACGCGUGCCACGAUGCCUCCUUGGUUUCCGCGCCGCUCAUCCUCAUCGUCGUCAUCUUCCUCGACGGCUUCUGCGCCCCCGCAGCUAAUUCCGCCGGCCUCCUCGCCGUUGACCCCGAUGGCUUCCGCGCCGCGCCGCUCGCGGAGCCCAAGUUCUGGGAUCACGCCCGCAGUGUCCCCGCCAUCGACGACCCCGACAGAGAUCGCCACUGGCGUUGA